AUGGAGAAAGUGAAAAAGGUAUCAUCUUUCAAUCUCUCUUCUCUACUUCGCCAGCAAAAAGAUGCUAAAAUCGCCCUUCAACUCUUCCUUAAUCCUAAUCCCAGCCAUGGAAGCAACAAAACUACUAAACCCUUUCGUUAUUCUCCACUCUGUUAUGAUCUCAUCAUCUGCAAGCUCGGCAGAGCUAAACUCUUUCAAGAAAUGGAAAAAAUCAUCGAUAAAUUGAGACAGGACACUCGAGUUUCUCUCAACGAAGUUGUUUUCUGCAAUGUUAUUUCUUUCUAUGCAAGAGCACAUUUACCUGAUAAGGCUCUUCAUAUGUUUAAUGAAAUACCCUCUUUUCGCUGCUAUAGAAGUAUAAAAUCUGUUAAUAGCUUGUUGAAUGCACUUUUAGCUUGUAAAGAAUACAGCAAGAUUGGUGAAAUGUUAAACAACUUUGAAAAUUACGCAACCCCAGAUGUUUGUACGUUUAAUAUAUUGAUGAAUGCGUGUUGUUUGUGUGGUGAUUUGGGUGGUGCACGGGAGGUGUUUGAUGAAAUGUGUGAGAGAGGAAUUCAGCCAAAUGUGGUGACUUUUGGGACGUUGAUUAAUGGGCUUUGUGUGAAUCGAGAAAUUAACGAGGCGUUUAGGGUGAAAAAGAUUAUGGAGAGAGAUUUUAAGUUGAAGCCUAAUGCUUUCGUGUAUGUUGCGUUGAUUAAAGGACUUUGUAAGGUUGAUGAUUUGGAUGCGGCAGUUAAGAUGAAGGAGGAAAUGUUGAGAAAGAAAGUGGAAUUGGAUUCAGCUGUGUAUUCUACUUUGAUUAGUGCGUAUUUUAGGGUUGGUCGAGGGGAUGAAGUUAAUGGUUUGUUGACCGAGAUGGAAAUGAAUGGAUGCAAAUGUGAUACGGUUACUUUCAAUGCAUUAAUGCAUGGUUAUUGUCAGGAGAAAGACUUUGAUUCUGCAUUUAAGGUUCUGGAUGAGAUGGAAGGGAAGGGGUGUAAACCUGAUGUGAUUAGUUGCAAUGUGAUAAUUCGGGGCCUUUGUGAUGACGGGAAAUUAAGAGAAGCUAGUGAACUCUUGGAUGAUAUGCCAAGACGAAGGUGUAAACCCGAUGUGGUAAGUUAUAGGAUAUAUCUUGACGGGCUCUGUAAAGCGAAGCAGUUUAAGGAAGCUGCAGUUAUAUUACAUGAGAUGGUUUUCAAAGGAUAUAUUCCUCGUGAUACAAGUUUGUGUAAGUUAUUCGACGGGCUAAUUCAAGAAGGAGAUAAAGAAUCAUUACUGAGAGCUCUGGAUAAUAUGGCCUCUGUAAAUUGUAUUAGUAAAGAAGUGUGGGAAAUGGUCAUUUCCAUGAUGUGCCAACAAGAUAACUUGUCUAGUGCAUCUGCUCUAGUAGGAAUGCUAACGAACGAUGGAGUAAACAAAUUCUCCUUGUAA